AUGGAUGGUUUCGAUCUGGAAGACGUUUGUGUUGGCAGAGUAGAUUUAGAUUUUCGCAAUGUCACGGAGAUAAGCUUGCUCCGUUCGUCGGUGGAAAACUGGGUCACAUUAAUCGGCAUACCCCUGGUUCUUCUAUUAGGUGUACCCAGCAACCUUUCCUUUCUCUUUACUCUGUAUAGAGUGCCUACCAUGCGCACCACGACCAACCUGCAUUUGGCCAACCUAGCAGUAUCUGACUUCAUCUACCUGUCUGUCGUCGCGAUUCUGAAUGUCCGGGGUUACCUCACCACACCGGUGUCAGGCACCGCCCUUGCCCGCUCCUGGGUCGAAUGUUGCGCCAUUAUCUUAUUCAUAGACAUACCAUACUUUGCGUCCAAUACCAUUGUGACGCUAGUGGCGUUUGAGAGAUACUACGCCAUUUGUCAUCCGCUCAAGCAGAAUGCUAGCGGACCGCGACGCCACCUCGGGCUAAUCAUCGCUGGCUGGAUUGUAUCCAUCGCCUUCGCCUUUUCUGUUGUUCUGCGUUACUCAAAGCUCACAGUGAUAUGUGUCCUCUGGCCGGACACUGAGGAGUUCAAAUCCCUGUCCCAAGUCGUCACAUUUUGCUCUUCUGGCGAGCCCUGGGCUAAUCUCUAUUCUCAAGGCUUGUACUCCGUCAUAUGGCUGGGAGGUUUGUUGACGAAUAGUUUUCUCUACUCCAGGAUAAUCCAUCGACUUAGCCAGCGCAAUCUUGGUCAGACAAGUGUGAAUCAGGCUAUCCGACGAUCAGUCGCUCGUAUGCUCAUCGUCAACAGCGCAGUUUUCUUUCUUUGCCAGGCGCCCUACACCAUCGUUUUCAACUUGCUGAACCUGAUCUCUGCUGCUAAGGGAAAUCCGGUGACCGACCCACGGCAAGUCACCGAGCUCUGGCCCCUUAUAAUCCUAAUGGGACUUGUGAACAGUGCAGUCAAUCCUAUCAUUUAUGGGUUGGCUAACUCCCGUUACAGACAGGCUUUCCUGCAGGCGUUUGGCUGCACCAUGGCGACCCAAAGGCGCCGGGAAAUCAAAACGAUCUCUACUGCCUCAUCCAACGUGCCGAGCAAAGACAAUCGUGCCGACAUGAAAGAUAAGAAUGCCUCAUUCAGCAUGCACGGUAUUGACAACCCCGUGAGCUUAGAAGAUGAGGCACCCCGAAGUGAUCUAAUGAAAGAAAACCAAUUUUAA